UAAAAUGUUGUCUAUGGUUGUUAUUGAAAUGAUUAUAUGCUAUUUUUGUGUUUGAGUUCUUUUUCUAUUUUCAGUCGGUAUUGUGAGAUAUUCAAAUUUAUAAAGCAGUUUGACUCAUUCAUUAAAGUGUCCUAAUCUCAAUAUCGUGUCUAUUUAGUUGAAAACGAAAUCGUGUCUAUUUACUUGAAACAUGUCUAUUCAGUGGACAUUUAUCGCCGGCUACCUGUACUUCGAAGUUGCAAUAGUCGCGAUAAUGAUGCUGCCCAUCGCCAGUCCACGACGAUGGCAGCAAUUCUUCAGAUCGCGGCUGUUCGCCAUGUUCCGCGAACAUGCCGCAUUUUACUUCUACGUUCUACUCGGCGUACUCAGUUUGUUCCUUAUGGAUGCGGUCCGGGAGAUGAGGAAAUACUCACACACUGAUAGCCACGUGCAUCUCUCCACUGAAAUGAAAGGCAAUGUAAAACUCUUUAGAGCUCAGCGGAACUUUUACAUCACUGGUUUUGCCAUUUUCUUGGCAUUCGUCAUUAGGCGCCUUGUUACUAUGAUUUUGAUUCAAGCAGAACUGUUGGAGAAAUCAGAAAGGAUAAUAAGAGAAGCUGAAACUGCUAAGGACCUUGCCAAGACUACUGUAUUGACACAAGCUUUGCAGUCUGCCGGGGAUUCUAACAAUGUUGAAAAUUUGGAAAGGCUAUUGCUGGAUGAACAAAACAGAGUCAAAGAGUUGGAGGAAGAAGUAACAUCUUUGAAGGAGCAACUGAAUGAAGCAAAAUGUAAACUGGCUGAAAGGAAGUCUGAAUAAGUCUGUGAUUUAAGAUCUUGGAGAUUAAUCAAACUGAAGCCUAAUUUUAGUAUGUAUUUGAUUAGAGGUUUGUUAGGAAAUUAUUUACUUUGAUUAAAACCUAGUCAUACUAUCUGAAAAAUGUUACAAUUGCAAAGAACAAAAAGAUUUUAUGAAAUAAUCAUUUAACAUUUUUAACAUAGUCAUACUAUGGGAAAAAUGUUACAUUUGCAAAGAACAAAAAGAUUUUGUGAAAUAAUCAUUUCUUAUUCUUCUUAUUGUGUGAAGGGAUCAUAAGUUAUGAUAACUAAAUAGUAUUUUGCCAAUAAAUAAUCAUUUAAACUAUGAACAUUGUAAUAUGUAUUUAUUUUAAAACUAAAAUAAUAAACUAAAUUCACAUGGUAUUAAAGGUAUAAAUAGAUCAUAAUUAAUAAAGUGUUUUGCUCUCUCGGCUUGUCUCUGAAAACUGUUUUCAAUAAAAUAAUCUUUUUGAUAA